CAGCGAGACACGAAGCUCGCACCCACAACAACACAACCUGCAGAGUCUGGCUAACGUGUCCGGAGGCUGCUGGACGGGUUUCGCCUUUUAUUUUCACACUGAGAGGAAAAUCCCCGUUGGACAAGACCUUGAUGUCAUUUUGUGGAACUCAUAACGGCGGGCGCCGCAGCAAAUGGGACCAGCCCGGUCCCGGUCCGGGCCCCGGUGGGAUGGGGGAGGCUGAGGCGGCACCCACCGGGGCUCUGGAUGCUGCCGCCGCCGUGGCUGCCAAGAUCAAUGCCAUGUUGGUGGCCAAGGGCAAACUCAAGCCCUCGCAGAUUGGACCCCCAGGACCACCGGAGAAGAUGAUGGGUGUUGGGAAGCCUCAAAUGCCAUCGAAAGCCAAAGAUGACCUGGUAGUAGCCGAGGUUGAGAUCAACGACGUCCCGAUCACCUGUCGGAAUCUCCUGACGCGUGGACAAACCCAGGAUGAGAUCAGUAAAGUAAGCGGCGCUGCGGUUUCAACCAGAGGGCGUUUCAUGACGUCGGAGGAGAAAGGCAAAGCUCUACCAGGAGAUCGACCUCUGUAUCUCCAUGUUCAAGGACAGACGAGAGAACUUGUGGACAGGGCAGUUAAUAGAAUCAAGGAAAUAAUCACCAAUGGUGUGGUCAAGGCUGCAACUGCCUCCUCAUCAUCUUCUUCAUCCUUCACCCCAAGUUCGGUCACAAUUUACCACCAGCAUAACCCGCCUCCACCCUCGCUGCCCCCCAUUCACCACCACCACAAACCACACUUUCAGUCGGGGAUGCAUUAUGUUCAAGAUAAAAUCUUUGUGGGACUGGAGCACGCUAUCCACGGGUUUGUGGUCAAAGAGCGGGUCGAGGGCCCCGGUUGUUCUUACCUGCAGCACAUUCAGGCCGAGACUGGGGCCAAAGUCUUCCUCAGAGGAAAGGGGUCAGGUUGUUUGGAGCCUGCCUCUGGACGAGAGGCCUUCGAACCCAUGUACAUCUACAUCAGGUCAGGUCAUCCUAAACCAGAAGGACUCGCCGCAGCAAAAACCUUGUGUGAGAACCUUCUUCAGACUGUCCAUGCAGAAUAUUCUCGCUUCCUCAAUCAAAUGAGUACAAUGAUGCCAACACAACAAGGCUUUGCUCAGCCUCCAGUGGUGAAUGGGAUGCCUCCUCAGCCACCUUACUACCCCCCUGCUGGAUUCCAACCGGUCUACGCCAUGCCUGUACCCCCACCUCAGCCCCAACCUGUCCCUCCACCUUACACUGUCCCCCUUCCCAUACCUCCUGCAGCACCCACAGGCGUGCCUCCCCAAUAUGCACUCCCACCCGGCCCUGUUCCAGCCCCCUGCCCUGUUCCAGCUCCUGCCCCUGCUUCCAUUCAAGGCAUGAUGCCACAGAUUCUUCCUCCUGCACCAUUUCCUCAAUCUGCUGCAGCGCCACCCAAAGCUCCACCUUCUGCUGCCCCCACCAACCCACCACAGAGAAGACGCUUCACAGAGGAGGUGCCUGACGAGAGCGACAGCGGCCUGCUGGGAUACCAGCAUGGACCCAUUCAUAUGACUAAUUUAGGUGCAGGCUUCCUAGUGGGCAGCCCUGAGACUGCAGGACCCCCACCACCGAGUUCCUCUGGCCCGCCGAUUGAGAGGGACAGUCGGCAACUAAUGCCUCCACCACUUUUGCCUGUGAAUGGAGUGAGACCCAAGAUGGAGGAGAGAAGGCUGCCCCAAGGCCCCAUGGAGCCCGCAGUGAAAAGAUUAAAAACUGGUUUGGUAGCAUACACUGGGGACUCAUCUGAUGAAGAGGAAGACCACGGCACCUCUAAAGCCUCAGGGCCAGGUAACCCUGGGGCUGUCCCCCCGACCUCCAUCUCCUCAGGCUGGACACAGGGCUAUCGCUGCCCUCCCCCACCACCCCCUCGUGCUAAAACACAGCCACAGCAGCAGUCGAUGCCUUUCUGGAUGGCCCCGUAAAGCAGGAAAAAUCUAACCUCCCUCAGUGCUUUCUACAGAGUCUUAUAGGACGGUCAACCGAAAUGAGCCCAUCAUUUUCCAGCACUCAUCACAUGGAUGACAGUUCAAAGCUUCUGUGGUCUCAGCAUUAUUUGAGUGCUAAGGGUCCUAAUGGACAUUCUAUUCAGUUUUUUUUUCACUGCACACAGGAUAGUUUGAAGAUGAUUAUUUGCCGGACUGAUACUGCAAACUAUUCUGUGGCUGUAUAGAUGAUAAGAUGAGACAUUCUGCUUCGGGUUUUUAAAAAUGGAAUGAUAUCCCCAUGCUGAGUGUCUUUUGUAAAAUCAGUUUCACCUCCCGAUCAUGUCGAACAUCACUGACCACUUUUCAUUUCAUCCCAUAUUUCCUACUUUUCUGCCCCUUUUACUUUUUUCGGUCCAAGUCAGUGACACCAUCCUUUCGUAUUCUGUUGUUUUGUACAGAUCAUAUCGGACUAAAUGUAGGGAAACCUGAUUAAUUUGUUUCAUGCUUUUAUGAAAUAAACUUAAUUUAUUGCCAUGUUUAAA